CUUUACUUUACUUUACUUUACUUAACUUACAACUGAACCUACUUUACUUUACCUUUACCUCACAACUUUAACAAGAAAAAAACAAACAAAAAAAAAAAAAAAAAAAAAACAAAUAAAUAAAUAAAAUAUAUUAUAUAAACAAAAAAAAACUCUAUCAUUUUUUUUAUUUAUUUUUAAUUAUCUAAUAUAUUUAUAUAGUUUUUUUUUUGUUUUACAGGAAUAUUUAUUUUUCUUUUUACCAUAUUAUAUUGUAUUUUGCCUCUAUUUUUUUUUUAAUAUUUUUCCAAUUUUUUAUUUUUUUAAAAUUCAUAAUUUUUUUUAAAAUUCAUAAUUUUUUUUUUAUUGUUCAUUAUUUUAGAUUAUUGUAGAAAUGGAGCGUAUUUUAGAUUUUGAUGAACCUUUAGACAUUAAUUUAUUGGAUCAAAUUGUCAGUGUUUUUUAUAAUCCAACUAGUAAUAAAAAUGACAUCAAAACAUCCCAAACUAUUUUGGCUCAAUUCCAAGAACAUCCAGAUGCAUGGACUAGAGUCGAUAUGAUUUUAGAACAAUCAUCAGUUCCACAAACUAAAUUCCUUGGUUUGGUUAUUAUGGACUCGCUUAUCAGAUACCGUUGGAAAUCAUUACCAAAAGAACAAUGUGAUGGUAUCAAAAACUACAUUGUCAGUCUCAUCAUUCGUUUAACCUCUGAUCCAGCCACUUAUGCUCGUGAAAAGUUACUUGUUGGUAAAUUAGACAUUACCUUUGUUCAAAUUUUAAAACAAGAAUGGCCAAACAACUGGAGCUCCUUUAUCCCAGAAAUUAUUAACAGUAGCAAAACCAAUGAAUCAUUGUGCGAAAACAACAUGGUUAUUUUAAAGCUUCUUAGUGAAGAAAUUUUCAAUUUUUCAGAAGAACAAAUGACCCAAGCUAAAAUUCAAACACUAAAAAUUAAUUUUGAAAAAGAAUUUUCAUUAAUUAACGAGUUGUGUUAUUACAUUUUGGAAAAUGCUACCAGACCAUCUUUAAUUAAAGCUACAUUGGAGUGCUUACAAAGAUUCCUCAAUUGGAUUCCAUUACAUUAUAUCAUUGAGGUUAAUAAUGGUGUUGGUCAACCAUCAAAAUUGGUUCAAUUGUUAUUACACAAGUUCUUCCCAGAGCCAAUGUUUAGAACCUUAACAUUAAGAUGUCUUACUGAGAUUGGAAGUCUUAGUUUGGGUAACCCACAAUAUGAUCCAGUAUUCAUCGCUAUCAUUGAUAAAGUUAUGAACCAAAUUAAACACAUUAAAUCAGAUCCAACCAAAAUUCCACAAGACUAUGAAGAGGGUGACGUUGGUGAACAAUCUUUCAUUCAUGCCAUUGCUUUGUUUUUAACUGGUUUCUUCAAGAGCCAUCUCAAAAUUAUGGAAAAUAGUUUAAAUAUUCCAUACUUACAAUUGGCCCAUGAAAUCCUUGUAAACAUUUCAAAUGUUGACGAGAUUGAAAUCUUCAAGAUCUGUUUGGAGUAUUGGAACUUCCUUUCAUCAAACUUAUACUCAGAUAUCGCCACAUUCACCACCACUCUUCUUUCCACACCACCACGUCUUCAAUUAUAUAAAUCCGUCUUAUCAAAAGUCAGAAUCGUUUUAAUUGACCACAUGGCCAAACCAGAAGAAGUUAUUAUUGUCGAAGACGAAAAUGGUAAUAUCAUUCGUGAAACCACCAAGGAUACUGAUUCAUUAACUCUUUACGAGUCAAUGAGAGAAACUCUUAUCUUUUUAACCCAUUUAGACUCUGAUAAUACUCAACAAAUUAUGUUAGAAAAGCUUCAAAUUUUAAUUAGUGGCCGUGAAUUUAGUUUCCAACGUCUCAAUACUUUAUGUUGGGCUAUUGGUUCAAUUAGUGGUGCUCAAAAUAAGGAACAAGAAAAGAGAUUCCUUGUUACUGUCAUCAAAGACCUCUUAGAGCUUUGUCAAAAUAAAAAAGGUAAAGACAACAAAGCUGUCAUUGCUAGUGAUAUCAUGUAUAUUGUAGGCCAAUACCCAAGAUUCCUCAAAGAUCACUGGAAAUUCUUAAAGACCGUUGUCAAUAAACUCUUUGAAUUUAUGCACGAAUCUCAUCCAGGUGUUCAAGAUAUGGCUUGUGAUACUUUCUUAAAAAUCUCUAAACAAUGCAAAAGAAAAUUUGUUGUCCUCCAAGUUGAAGAAUCUCAACCAUUUAUUAAUGAGCUUUUAAAUCAAUUAUCAACUACUAUUGCCCACUUGGAACCAUCUCAAAUCCAUACUUUCUAUGAGGCUGUUGGAUAUAUGAUUGCCUCAAGUAGUGACGCUGCCUUUAGAGAAAAAUUGGUUACUAAAUUUAUGGAGUUACCAAACCAAACCUGGGUUCAAAUAACCUCUGCUGCUUCACACAAACUCGAAACUUUAUUAACUUUAGAGGUUGCAAAAGAUAUUUUAAAUUUAAUUAAAACCAAUAAUAGAGCUGCCAUGUCUUUAGAAAACUGUUAUAUCACUCAAAUUUCUAAAAUCUAUUUAGAUCUUCUCAAUAUCUAUAGAACCUAUAGUGACCAUAUUUCAAAGAAUCCAGAUAUCUAUCGUAGUACACUAGGCCAAGCCAUGAGAUCAGUCAAAAAAGAAACUUUAAAGCUUUUAGAAACAUUUAUUGAAAAGUCUACCGAUAAAAAAAUUAUUUAUACUGACUUUAUCCCACCAUUAUUGGAAGCUGUUCUUGGUGAUUAUAGAACCAACAUUCCAGAAACAAGAGAUCCAGAGGUAUUAUCAUUAAUGACCGUUAUCAUUUCAUCACUUAAAAACCUCAUUCACCCAGAGGUUCCAAAGAUUUUAGAUGCUGUUUUCGAGUGUACCCUUGGUAUGAUCACAAAGAAUUUUGAAGAUUUCCCAUACCAUCGUAUUAAUUUCUUCAAUUUAAUCCGUGCCAUUAAUCAACACGCUUUCACUGUAUUCCAUAAUCUCCACCCACAACAAUUUAAAUUAUUAAUUGAUUGUGUUGUUUGGGCCUUCAAACAUACUGAAAGAAAUAUUAGCGAAACCGGUCUUCACAUCUUAAAAGAAUUAAUCGAAAAUGUUUCAAAAGAUCAAGACGUAGCCAAUGUUUUCUUCAAGACCUAUUUAGUAUCACUUCUCAAUGACAUCUUGUACAUUUUAACUGAUUCAUUCCAUAAGAGUGGUUUCCCAUUACAAUGCGAUAUCUUAAGAAUGAUAUUCCAAGUCGUUGAGAAUGGUGGUGUUAGAAUUCCAUUAUUUGAUCAAUCUCAAGCUAGUUUCCCAUCAAACAGUGAAUAUGUUAAAGAAAUUGCUGUUUCGUUCCUUGCUGCUUCACCAAAUGUUUCAAAGAGCCAAAUUCAAAGUUUUAUCAAUCGUUUAUUCUCAUUAAUAAAUAUUAAUAAUAACGACUUCAAGAUUACAGUUCGUGAUUUCCUCAUCACACUUAAAGAAUUCCAAAAUAAUGAAAAUGUCGAGUUAUUUUCUGAUGAAAAAGAAGCCGAAAAAGCUUUAGCUUUAAAGAAACAACAAGCAAUUCCAGGUAUGGUCAGACCAAAUGAUACAAAUAAUUCCGAAAUGAAUGAGUUUUAAAGAUCUAAUUUAAUAACUUGAAAAAAAAAAAAAUC